ACUCCAUGAUCGGAUUCCAAUCAGCCAAUCCAUCCAAUCAAUUUUGAAAAAACCCAGAAAAAGAAAAAGAAAAAAGGGGGAUGUUAAAGAAAUGGCGGAAGCAUCAUCCGCGUCUGCGACGAAGUCGGAUGAAGAGAAAAUAGAGAUGCUGGACCAGUUGCUAACUCGGCUAGCUCUCUGCAAUGACUCCAGCCUCCAACCCUUACUCUCCAAGCUUCUCCCCUUCACCAUUUCCGCCCCUUCUUCUCAAUCCUCCGCCGUCCGCAACAAGGUGCAAUUUUGUCCAAGAAGGAGAAGGCGAAAAUUUGCAUCCACAUAUAUCAUGAUCCCAUUAUUUGAAAAUCUUAACUUGCCAUUACAUGGACAGCCACAUUAUAGGUGAGGAGAAUUGCAUAUGAAAUGAGUCAAAUCUGUUGGCUUAUGCUGCUGGUUCCCAAUGUACUGGAAACAAGGGGAAGAUAAAGAACAAGAACAAGAGAGGCAAGACCAAGAAGGGCAGAAAGUAGCCCUCUAGACAUUCUAUAUAUGCAAUGUGAAUUUUGUUUUGCUGUGCAAGAAUUUGAUGGUUCCUUUGAUGAGUAUUGUUUUUAACUGGAUAUAGUUUGUUAGGUUGGUUGAAAGAUGAAAACCCUAGUCACUACGUAAUCCGUCACUUCGCAAUAUUCUUCAUUUUAUGUAAAAAAACUUCUUCAAUUCACGCAGUUUUUUAUUGUAUAGUGGAGCACUUUCUCCUUUAGUGGUUUUCAUUUCAUUUAUGUGUGACAAUUUGACAUAUAAUUUGAAAAUGCAAAAUUAAUAAGUGAUCGCACAUUAGGGGAUGAUUUUGAACAACGUUUGAGCUUGUGUAUAGGGAAUUAACAAUCAAUUACGACAUUUUUUUUUUUAUAUAGAACAACAUACUACUAUAGUCUUCCAAAAAUAUUAAUCCUCUUAUGUUUAUGAUCACAUCGUUGAACCCACAACUUCAAGUGCAGGAGUAAAUGCUUUAUAAUCUUAAAUUAUUUAUUAUUUUCCUUUCUGACAUAUCCAGAGAAUGUCAUUGUCUUGGCUGAUUUGCAGGAUAUUUUGGUAUUGUUAUUGCCUUAGAGCGGCGUCAGAUGUUAUCAACAAUCAAUGAAAAAUUUAUAUAUAGAAAUAAAUUUGAAUAUGCUAAUAAAUAAUAAAUGCAAAUCAAUAAUUUGGCAGAGUGAACAAGAUGAAAUUAAUAUAAAAUGAAAAAAAAAAAAAAAAAAAAACAGUGAUCGAGACUUGCGCAUCGCAAUAUCCUUGAAACAUAAUUUCAUCCCUACUUAGUGUUUGUAGUUCGAUGGACGUCUGUUUCACCA